AUGGCAGAUAACAUCAAGUCCACCACCACGUCGGACAAGUCCAGAGAGUCCUCUGUCUCUUCGCCUCGCUCGAGUCUGGACUCGCGCUCGCCGUCUACCUCGCAUUUCCGCAUCAAUUCCCUGUCCGGAGCUUCCUCGCAUCGCCAGAGCCUUACCGAGUCUCUUCGCGCUAUGCCUCCGUCACCCCGCGCGCGUCGGCCGUCGAUGAGUCAAGCUGCCCUACAGAGCUUGAUUGACAAUCCGCCUGUUCACAGCGGUGCAGAUCCGGCUUUUUCCGGCCGCGAUUGGACGCAGAUUACGGUUGGGGAGCUGGUGAACCCGGCAAGCUGCCAUUUCGUGGAGGCGGACAUGUCGAUUGAAGAUGCUACGAACCGUUUGAUUGAAUGCGAAGCGCCCUUGCUGCUGAUCCGGGAGUCUCCAGAGCAUACCUCGGUAAUUGGGACUUUCGAAUAUGCAGACCUCAAUGCAUAUCUAUUGUUGGUUAUUGGCAUCACGAAGCCGGAUGACGAACAUGCUGCGUCUCUCGAAGAGCUGGGGAGAAAAGCAAGGGAAGGACAAAUGAUCUGUCUAAAAGAGGUUAAGAACUUAAGACCGAAAGACCCGUUGACCACCCUUCCGCCAAAUGCUAGUUUGAUAAGGGCGGUUGAGACGUUUGGUGGAGGGAUACACAGUAUAAUUGUGACAAAGGACAAUACUUCGGAGGUCUUGGGGAUUUUCAGUCAGUGGAGGCUCGUGAAGUUUCUUUGGGAGAAUGCUAGAAGCUUUCCGGUAAUUGAGCAGCUAUACCCGCAAUAUCUGCGAGAAUUGGGCCUUGGCUCUCAAUACGUAAUAUCGAUUAAUGGCGAUCGACCGCUGUGCCAUGCCUUGGAGCUCAUGAAUAAUGAGGGGAUCUCAUCGGUCGCCGUCGUUGACAACCAGUCCAAUGUAGUCGGCAAUAUAUCCGUUGUCGAUGUGAAACUUCUUACGAAAUCAACCUCGCUUCCCCUGCUUCGCGACACCUGUAUCCACUUCAUAUCCGUUAUCCUUUCCACACGGGGUCUGAAUGAAGGAAAAGACUCGUUCCCCGUUUUCCACGUCAACCCUCAAUCCACGCUAGCGCAUACGGUUGCUAAACUGGUUGCCACGAAGUCGCAUCGGAUGUGGGUCACCGAUCCCCAAUCGCCCUCUUCAUCUAAUCCCUCAACUCCUGCGCACUCAGCUGUCCAUGCUCCCCUCUCCAAUCAAGUUAUUAGUAUCUCCGGCCCAGCCACGAGCACGGUCGCUGGAGCCCAGGUAUCCUCUCCAAGGGUGAGUCCCAGCGCAAGCCACACGUCACCUCCGUCAUUUCCGCAAGCGGCCCAGCCACAUCAUCCUACCCCAAUGGUCCACCCCCAGUCGCCAAACGUGUAUCCAAUGUCUCUUUCCUCAGCAAUACCUGCUUCCGCCCUCCCGGGUGCUCGGCUUUCUGGCCGCCUCGUCGGCGUCGUCAGCCUAACGGACGUCCUAAACCUGUAUGCCCGGGCCAGUGGGCUCAAGCCGGCAGAUCCCAACGAUAUCCGGAACCGACGAAGGCGAAGCAGCAGUUGCAGCGUUGGGGUGCAGAAGAGUGGCGAUAGUCGAGAUACUUGGAACCGCACUGGCCCUUGA